CACGGUGACGGGGGGGCGCCCUAGCUGUCGUCGCACCUCUAUGGUUUCUCCCUAGAGCUUUGCUGUUGGAGGUAGCUGUGGUCUUGUGGGUUGGCCGGCCCCGAGCGGCAGCGACAUGGAGGAAUUCGACUCCGAAGACUUCUCCACCUCGGAGGAGGACGAGGACUACGUGCCGUCGGGUGGAGAGUAUAGUGAAGAUGAUGUAAAUGAAUUAGUGAAGGAAGAUGAAGUGGAUGGUGAAGAGCAGACACAGAAAACCAAAGGGAAAAAAAGAAAGGCUCAGAGCAUUCCAGCCAGGAAGAGGAAACAAGGUGGCCUGUCAGUAGAAGAGGAAGAGGAGGAUGUCAAGUCGGAAUCUGAAGGAAUUAGCAGCGAGGAGGAAGAUGAAUCUGCAGAGCAGGAAAAAGGCAAUGGGUCAGAGGAUGCAAGGAAAAAGAAGGAGGAUGAACUCUGGGCCAGCUUCCUCAAUGACGUGGGACCAAAAUCAAAAGUGCCCCUGAGUACACAAGUUAAGAGAGGAGAGGAGACUGAAGAGACAAGUUCAAGUAAAUUGUUGGUCAAAGCAGAAGAGCUAGAGAAACCUAAAGAAACAGAAAAAAUUAAAAUCACCAAGGUGUUUGAUUUUGCUGGUGAAGAAGUGAGAGUGACUAAGGAAGUGGAUGCUACAUCUAAAGAAGCCAAAUCCUUCUUCAAGCAAAAUGAGAAAGAAAGACCACAGGCUAAUGUCCCUUCAGCUCUGCCGUCACUCCCUGCUGGGUCAGGGUUAAAAAGAUCAAGUGGCAUGAGCAGCCUUUUGGGGAAAAUUGGAGCCAAGAAGCAGAAAAUGAGCACCCUAGAGAAGUCCAAAUUGGACUGGGAGAGCUUCAAGGAAGAAGAGGGUAUUGGUGAAGAACUCGCCAUCCAUAAUCGAGGGAAGGAGGGGUACAUUGAACGGAAAGCAUUUCUAGACCGAGUGGAUCACAGACAGUUUGAAAUUGAACGAGAUCUCAGGCUGAGCAAAAUGAAACCUUGACAUUAUGGGGAAUGUCAAUAGCAGCUUAAUCCUGUUUACAUUGUGACCUUUUUGUGCAUCUGUGAAGUAUUUUCAGUGUUUCUCACCAACUGUUUCCCAGCAAGGUCUCUUUUCCUACAACGAAGUUCUGUGUAUCUUGAUUUCACAUGGUUUCAUUCAUUUUACUUUUAAAAGUUUGUCCUUAAAUAAAUAAGUAAAAUAAAAGUUGGUCCUAUGAGAGGCUGGUGGAGAUGAUGGGUUCCCAAACCUUCCCUUUAUUCUGCUGCAGAGUCCUGCCCAGGCCAGGCCGACAUGUUCCUGGCCUGUCCAGGCUGGCAAAGGUCCUGUCAUCCUUGGCCCGGAUACCUAAGGAAGGAGACUGACUAGCAUGUGUGGAAUGCCAGGUCCCUGGGCAGUUUGUUCUCAGUUCUGCUCGGGCUUCUCUCCUGACCUCUUCUGUCUCCUGGAGGGGAUUCCUGCUGAUACUAUGUAAGGCUGAAAAUAAGGACAUAUUAUUACUGAUUAGGGAUUUUUUUCUCUUCAGCAUUUUUCCUCUUCCCGAAGAAAAGUCAACUUCAGAUGUGUUCUCACCUCAAUAAUUCUUUAAUUUUUGGUCUGUCAAAGAAUAUUCUAAAGGACUCUUUCUUUUUUACAUUCCUUGAGAAAAUUUAAAUUCCAGACUUCCUGAUUAGAGUCAGAUGUUCCCUACGGAGAAACAAGCAAGAGAGUAACGAACAAACCUUUGGUGAAGAGAGAAGUGGGGGUAGAGACCAUUUAUGUUAAUAAAGCAUUGAGCCCCACAACCUGCUCCUGAGGUAUGUGUGGGGAUGGGGGCGCU